AUGUCUUCCUUCAAAGUCCUCAUAGUCGGAGGCAGUGUGGCGGGCUUAACACUGGCCCUAAUCCUUGAGAGGUAUAAUAUCGACUACAUGCUACUUGAAAAACACGACACCAUUGCGCCCCCACUCGGAGCUGGAAUCGGACUUCAAGCACACGGCUUGCGCAUCAUGGAACAGCUAGGCAUAUACGAGAAGCUGGCAUCAUUGGGGAUGCCAUUGAACAAACUCAAGACCUUUGCUCCGGGGGCUCGGCUCCUGAGCGACCAGCCCACCGCCGGCGAUUUAUUUGAGGAAUUGUUCGGAUAUCGGAUGUUUUUCUUGGAUCGCCAGGCGCUCCUACAGACGCUCUAUGAUAGCAUCGGCGACAAGUCGAGGAUCUGCACCUCCAACGAAGUCUUCAAAGUGGAGACUCUGGAUGGGAGUGCAUUUGUCACGACCAGAUCCAGGGCCGUCUACCACGGGGACAUCGUGGUAGGCGCCGAUGGUGUCCGUAGCCGGAUUCGAGAGAUGUGGAGGAUCGCUGACGUGAAGGAUCCGAGCUAUCCUACGGACCAAUUGAGGAAAAGCAUUACGUGCACUUACAAAUGCUUGUUUGGGAUUUCCCAGCGCCCAGAUGGCAUUCCGGAUGAGCAUGGGUUCAAAACAUUCCAGGAAGGUCGAUCAUACCUAUACCAGUCGGGGCUUGGAGGAAAGCUCUACUGGUUCCUAUUUAUCAAGAACCCCGAGGUGACCAUCCAUCACUCGAUACCCAGAUACAGUGCGGAAAACACGAAGGAUGUCGUAGAAAAAUACGCCGGUGAUAUCCUUCUUCCGGGGCUCACUCUUGGAGACCUCUACAAGCUCCGCGUAAAUGCAGUCCUGGUGCCAGUGGAGGAGUUCGUCCUGGAUAGGUGCUUUUACAAAAGGGCUGUAUUGAUUGGUGAUGCUUUCCACAAGAUGAAUCCGCUUACGGGACAUGGAGGGAACUCGGCCAUUGAAUCAGCUGCAAUGCUUGCAGACCUCUUAAAAGAAGCUCUGGACAGAGGAAAUCCUCUCGACGAUACGACUAUCCAGCGUCUGUUUUCAAAGUUACAGACCGAACGGGGAUCCAGGACAAGGUCUCUCAUGCAGGCGGCUCAAAUGGUGCAGCGCCUCGAAGCGUUGGACACUCCUUUCCUGAAAUUUCUGAAUUUCUUUGUUCUGAGCAAGCUGGGUCCAGAAGUAAUUCUCGCGAGGAUGGCGCCGAGCGUUACUCCCAGUCAUAUCCUGCGGUACAUGCCUCUGGAGGGAAGCAAGGGUAGAGUUGCGCCGGUCUCACAGGUUCAAGUCAACGCGGGGAAACGAUCAACGUUGGCAACUCGAUGCUGGGCCACGUCAAUGUUGAUUACCUCUUUUUCAAGCUUUGUGCUCGCCCGGUCUUCCAAUUUCUCUCAAAUGGUAAAUUCCGGGACUCUUGUAUCCUUGGAAGCCUACACGUCCAUGAUGGUUGUCAUAACGAACUCUCUAUGGGUUGUGGAAUCUUACCGGUUGGGCCUGCUGUUCUCACCUCUGUGCAGUGCAAUCCCCUUUGCAUUGGCCUCUAUCGUUUUCGGUCGUGCGAUCAUCAUACCGAUGUACUUUGCAAUCCACAUUUAUGUAACGGGAUAG